CUGUUAAAUAACAAAAUAUUUGUACACAUUUAUAUAACAAGUAAUAAAUAACAAAAUAAUGUAUAAUAUUUACAUAUAUACAUAUAUACAAAAGCGACCUAAACCCAGUCUUCAGUUGCGAAAUACCUAACAAAAAACAAAACUUAAAAGAAAAAAGAGUUUCGAAAUAUUUAAAAUAAAAAUUCAAAAAACAAAACCUGCACACAUAUGUUUCCAAAACCAUUUCAAGAAACCUAUUCUACCUACGUAUGGGAAACGCAUAAUAUUUUCGACUUGAAAUUAAACCGUGAUAAAAGAAUGUGCCGUUAUUAAACUUGUUAUGUUGCAUUAGUUUUUAACCACAAUAACGACACUUCUCAGUUGUGCCAGAAUUAGUUAUACUUUUUUUACGAAACAACGACAUAUUUUGUGUUCCAACGCAUAUUGUAAAAAGGUGAAUUUGAUUUUCUUUUCAGAAAGAACGACACAUUUUGUAUUACAACGAUAUUGGUGAAAAGUAAUUAAAUUUUUCAUAUUGAUUUUUUUCAACAAAAACGACACAUUUGACUUAUGACGGCGAAAUUGAAAUCGACAUAAUUGAAAAUGGGUCACGUUCAUGUCCAAGAAAAAGCAUUAGUGCACUCUAUUUGGUCCAUUUAUUCUCAACAUUGGAUUUAAUAUAUUACACGCCACUAGAUUUGUUAUUAAAGUUAUGGAAUUUUUCUAUAUUUACUAAAUAAGAGACAAUUGAAAACUUUAAAUCGCUCUCCUGAAAAAUCGCCUUUUUUGAGUUGUGACACUAUUCAAGUAAAUGAGCGAUAUGCUCUCCAUCUAAGUUUUGUAUCUAGUGUCAUACCUAGGUAUACAGUGGCAUAUAUCUGAUAUUAUUGUAGGUGAAAUCCACAUGUACUGAUUUAGUUUCGUUUAAUUUUAUUCGCCAUUUGGAUGUCCAUUCAUAUAUUUUGUUUAAGUGUUGUUGUAGUUUGAUAAUUGAUUCAGCCUAUGUUUUACCGACUGACAAAACAGCAGUGUCAUCGGCAAAUGUUGCUGUAGUACAAUUGUCAUCGUUAGGUAGAUCACACGUAAAAAGUAAGUAAGAGAAUAGGACCUAACACGCUACCCAGAGGAACACCGGCUUUUAUUUCCUUUAAGUCAGAGUACAUAUCUCCAUGUUUAAUUCGAAAAAAGCGGUCCGAAAGGUAUGAUUUUAAAAUAUUGUAAUAUUCUGUUGGCAAAAGCACCUUAAUUUUUUUAGGAGUCCGCCAUGGCAAACUUUAUCAAAAGCUUUGGAAACGUCGAGAAAGACGGCCGAACAAACUUUUCUUUCUUCAAAAGCAUUUUCAAUAACUCGAGUUAUUCUAUGCACUUGGUCGAUAGUGGAGUGAUUUUUCCGAAAUCCGAACUGAUGCACCGGUAUCAGCUUCCUCUCUUCUACUAUGUUAUUAAUACGAAUAGCAAGCAAUUUUUCCAUAAGCUUUGAAAAUAUUGGCAAGAGAGAUAUGGGCCGAUACGAAGUUACAUCAUGGGCUGGCUUUCCAGGUUUAUUGAACAUAAUCACCUCUGCGGUUUUCCAGUAAAUAGAAACGUAUUGUAGAUGAAAAGUAGCAUUCAUUAUAUCAGUAAUUUUACUUAUAAUAUUUUGAAGUAGCAGUUUUAAAAUUUCAAUGGUAAUAAGGUCGAACCCAGGUAAUUUUUUUGAUUUCAAUUUUUUUAUUUCCGCAGACACAUCAUCGUCAGUUACGAGUGGGAUUUCUGUGUGUUUGGUGUAAUUAUGAGGCUCCAUUUCUUCUUCAUUGGUAGUAUCAUGUGGUUUAAAAACACUUUCAAGAUAUUCAGAAAAAACGUUUGCUUUCUCUAUAUCGCUUUUGGCCCAUGUAUUAUUUGUUUUUCUGAUUGGAUUAUUAUGCAUUACUGGUCGCGAAAAGUUUUUAGAACACUUCCAGAGUGAAUAAUCAUUCCUACUUUCGUUUGAUAAACCUUUCAGAUAAAAGCUAAGAGUUAUAUUUUUAAAAGCCUUUAUCUUAUUGGAAAGUUUUUUAGUAAUUUUGUUAAGACUACCUUUGUCAGAUGGAGAUCUUGUUUGUUGCCACUUCCGGCGUAAUCGACGUUUUUCUGCAACCAUUUCUUUAAUUUCUUUGGUAUACUUGUGGCCUGCUGUGACUUUUCUUUUAAUCGGUGUACUACUCCAGGCUGCAUAUUGUAUUGUGUUUGUCAAUUUUAAAAUUUCAUUAUCUAACUCCGAAUUACAACUUAUUUUGACGGGAUUAUCAACGUCAGACAGCAUUGCCUUAAAGUAUUCCCAGUCCGUGUUUCUUUUUGGUGGUUCCUUAAUAACAACACUUUCGUGAAGUGUUAAAUAUAUAGGCGAAUGAUCAGAGGUCAUAUCCAAACCGUUUUCUAUAAUUUUGUGAGAUAUGUUUGAUGAUAAAAAAAUCAAUAAGAUCUGGUGUUUUAUGUAGAUCUGUUGGCCAGUAAGUUGGUGUCCCCGUAGACAUAGUACUGCACCCAGUCAUUUGAAGAGCUUUUAAUAACUCUCUGCCUUUUGUGGUUAUGAGUCAUGAUCCCCAAUAGGUAUGUUUCGCAUUAAAGUCACCGCCCAUGAUAAAACGGUUUUUGUGGCUAUUGAUCAGUUCUAUGUAGCUAUCGCAUUUUAUUUGAUGUCUCGGAGGACUGUAAACCGCUGUAAGAGACAAGUUGUUGACACUAUCUAUCGUUAUAGUUGUUGCUUGGAAUUCAUCUGCAGAUAUGCUGUUUUCUUGGUGGUGUUUAAUAUUGCUUCUUAUUAUAAUGGCAGCUCCUCUUCGUGCACAAUUAUUCGGAAAUAUUGCAUGAUAUGUUUCAAAAUUUUUAAGUUUAAUAUGAGUUUCCUUGCUGAAAUGGGUUUCCGAUAUUAAGCAUACGUCAAUUUAUAGCCUAGACAGACGACAUCGCUAAUUUGCAUUAGCGGCGAUGAUUUGCUUUAACUCGCGCAUUAAUUCAUUUUAAAGCAAAUUAGUAAUGCACAAAAAUUUCGUGCAUUUAGCUGAAUUUACCACAUUUGUGCUGGCAAUGCUGCCCAAAAAUGCCCGAUUUUUGCUAUUGUGAAUGUUAAUUGAUAGAAAGAAGAAGAAGAAAACGUCAACAAAUGAUAGAAAGGAAAGCGUUAGAGAAGAUGGCAGAAAUUAAGCAGCGAGUGGUUUGGACUAGCACUGAUGAAUGUGUGUUAAUUGACUUGUGGCGUGAGCGGGCCGAUGAUUUAAGACGUGCCAAGCGCAAUUUGCAUAUAUAUGCCGAUAUAUCUGUGCAAAUGGCACAUAAAUUUACUCCGAAGGAAGUCCAUAUUAAAAUUAGAAACUUAUCACAAAGAUACAGAGAAGAAAAGAAGAAAACUGGCCCAUCGGGGGGCAGCCCAUCGACGUGGAAAUAUUUUGAUGCGGUGAAUCAAAUCAUAGGGCUGACUGCAGCCAAUAAUGCAGAAAUUUAUGAAUCAUUAACUGUGGACAUAUCGUCAUCAACAUUGCUGCCGUUACCGCCAUCUGUACCUGCAGCAUCACCAGUAACAAUGUCCCCGGAGCCGUUGUCGCCAGUAAUACCAUCGACCAGCUCGCCAUUGUUGUCGCCACUGGAUACCUCGUCCACAUCCAUGAGCACUUCUAAAAAGAGAAAUUAUAUGGGUGAAUUGGUGAAAGUGGCAAAACAACAACAUGAAUUGCUUAAGGUAGUGGUGGAAGAUGGAAGAGAUUUAAAAGAAAGAAUCAUUAAUUGUAUUGAAGAACAAAAUAGUUCUACAAAAGAAUUUAUAAGUAUUUUUAAAAAUUUGUUGGAAAAAAUGUAAAUAUUAUAUUUAUUUUGUAUACUAUUAGUAGUUAUUUAUUUUUAUUAUUAUUAAUAUAAAUGUAACUGAAUUAAAUGUUAAUUUAAAAAGGAAAUAUUAAAUAUUUAAAAUAAAAUGAAAUGAAUUAAAAUGUAAUGUAAUAAAUUGAAUUUAUUAAUAAUAAAAAUAAAUUUAAAAAAAGGAAAUUUGAAAUGAAAAAUAAAAUAGCUACCGUGGUAUGUAACAUAAUUUGUACCGUUUUGAAAUCUCAUUGCUAUGGCAUUCCUAACCGCUGUCGCAGUUUGGUCAUUUUCUCCUAAUCUUGUUGUGUGAUUGGGUUGAUGUCUUCUUUCAUCUUCUGCUGCUUCUUGUAUCCAUGCGGGAAAAACUUCAUCGUUCUCAAUCUUUAGAAAAUUAUGCAAAAUGCAACAUGCUCUAAUUAUAAUAUUAACAUUUUUAGGAGCAACUUGCAAGCCUCUUCCAACUUUACGGAAGCGCGCUUUAAGUUGACCAAAGGCAUUUUCGAUCACUCGGCGACAUUUGGACAGUCGAUAAUUAAAGUGCUUUUCAACAGGCGAUUGAUUAACCCCAUAUGGAUAUGGUUUCAUCAUAUGAUGUGAUAAACGAAAAGCUGAGUCGCCAAUAAGAAGCACAGGUACAUUGAUGCCUUCAAUUAUUUCGCUAUUUUCCUUAAAAAUACGAGCGUGUUCAUGAAAUUUCUUAAGUGAACUCCUCUCAAAUAUGUACGAGUCAUUAUUUCUCCCAGUGGAUCCUAUGUUUAUGUACGUGAACUUUGAUCUGCAAGUUAUAAGAAAUGUAAACACAUGUGUAUGAGAAUCAAUACAGUCAUAAAUUUACCUCUGAUCACAGCUUGCCAACAAAAUGACUGAAUACCAGCCUUUAUAAUUGUAAUAGUCUAUGGCUUCCACUUUUUUGGGUUGCACUUCGAUGUGGCAGCCAUCAACAGCACCAAAGCAUUGUGGGAACCCCAUCAGUUUGAAACCUUCUACAAUUCUUCUUAAUUCUUGCGGAUGUGGGGGGUAUGCAUUAAUGCAAUCCGAAAGAGUACCACAUACUUCAUGACAAAAAUCGAUCACAAUUUCUCCAACUGUGCUGCGCCCAACGCCAAACAAACUAGCAACAGUCCUAUAUUCCGCUGCCGAACCCAAAGAAAAGAGUGCUAUAGCUACUCUUUUUUCAAGUGAGAUACAGCGCCUCAUGUUGCUAUCCAUUUUUCCAAUACUCUUUACCUUUUCGCACACUUUUUUGAAUGCCCUUCUAUCUAGCCGAAAAUUUUCUUUGAACCUUGAGUCAUCCAUGGUUGGGACAUCGUGCUCCCAAAAUAUACCACCUCGAUCCUUAAAAUAUGCAAUUUUUGAUUUCAAUCCCAAAUUGAAAUAACUAUUUACUUACGAAUUUCCAAAUAUGUCGAUGGUGCUCCUGAGCGAAUACAAGUCCAGCAUGUAUGAUUUCGUUAAAAUCCACUAUUGCUUUUAAUUGCACUUCAUUAUCUUGUAAUGUAUUUAAUAACAAUUUAAUUCUUUCAUUAAAUUUCUUUUUGUUUUCCAAAAAUACCAAAAUUGCCAUUAAUAACUCUUUUUUAUCCAUUUUUAUUUCACGUUUGUAAUAAAUAAACAAAUUUC